UGGCUAAAAGCCGGUAAAGUACGGGUACAAAACGUCGGCUGGUAGUCGUGGGAGAUACAUACGUUGUACUUUGGUCGUUUAACUUAUGUUAUUGUGUCAUUGGAGCAAUAAAAGGUUUAAAGCAACUGUAGCUGUCACAUAUCAUGAUGAGGAUGGCCAUGUUGAGAGAGAGGAGGUGCAUUUGUCAGAAUUGGUUACUGAGGAUCAUAGAGGAAGCUGUUCUUUUAACAGUCCUGAUAAUUGUGGUGCAUUGGAAGGCCAUGAACUGGGAAUGGAACAAGAUAACAGUGAUCUUGAAAGUGAUGUUCACCAUGAUUGUGAAGAAUCAUCUUCUUAUUACCAGAAAGUUGAAAGAAAACAAAAAGCAUGGGAAAAUUUGCAAAAUUCAAUUAUAAAGAAUACAUUUCAGUUUGCUGGCAGAAAUUGAAGCAAUCUGAAGUGU